AUGUCAUCACCAGUCUCUGCAAUCCCGAACUUGUGUGCUGAUGAUGUUCUUGCCUUUAGUGAUACAGAGUUGGUUCAGUACAUGACGCAAAACCGCCGUCAGGACGGCGGCUUCGAUCUCGAGUUUGAUGGCUGGGAAAAGCUUCCCAAAGAGCAGCGAGAGCAGCUCGCCGAGAGACUGAGGGUUGGAGCGCAGAAAGUGAACGAUGCCGUACAAUCACGCCCUGUCGACCCCGACCAACUCGCUGCACGACUACAAGGAGUCGCCGACAGCGAAGACGCUGCACCGCAGGCCGUGUCCACACGAUCGCGUUACGAGAGGACACCCACAGAAGACGUGGACUUCGACGUAGAGUUGAAAAGGAAGGAGACAAUUGCCUACAACGCCCUUGUCACUGACGGCUGCGUACCGGUAUACCCUAUAAGUCGUCUGGAUGAGGUCUGUAACGGCCUCGAGGAGUAUCUCGAGAUUCUGCAGCCUUGGAAAGAUCCAUCAGUGUUAUAUAGGUGGCACCACGUCUUUCAAAACCAGUUGUGGAGGUGGAAGAAGUUCCGUCGCUGGCAGCAAGACAAUAGAGAGCCGGAUGAGGAACAGGAGUUUGCUGCCUAUCUGGAGGAGCAGAAGCGCCAGGACGCGGAAGGCACAGAAAGUGAACCGACGGCGAGUCAAUACCUCGAACACCUCAGAGAACGAUAUGAGAGGAGGCAACGCCACUACGGCCAUAACGACGGCGACGAAGGGUUUGCCGCCUAUGUAGAGGAGAAAAAGCAAAAGAAGAUGCAGUAUGGGUUCCCAUGGCCCGGGAUGUCGGAGGAUGAAUAUAUGCAGAUUCUCAGGAAUGACUUCAAAAAAAAACAGACUCAAGAGGGCAUCGACGCUGGGGAUGAAGGGUUUGCGGCGUUUGUUGAGAAGCAUAAGCGGGACAACAUAGUGGCCAGACGCAGAUGGCCGGGGAUGACAGAGGACGAGUAUCGCGAGAUGCAAUGGAAGAGAUUUAACGAGGAGGAAGACGACCGCUACUGGUAUCAGUUUUACUGGCUGCGGGACGAUCACGGCCGUGGCGGCUUUACCGAGUACGUCGCGGAGGCCAAGCGCCGGCUCGCUCGGCACGGCUUCACGAAGGCAUUCGAGUUCGACAGAGACCCAACACGACAAGACAAGUUAACGACCUGGAUCGAAUAUCUCAACUACGAGUACUCCUGGCUCGACAAGCACAGGCGAUACCUCACAAAGCUUCAGCCAGCGUAUGAUAAAGGCUGGCAGAAGGUUGUGGACUCGGGAGUGCUGCGGCACGGCGAGACUGCGGCGGGAUUCUGCAACAUCGAAUCGGCGUUUCGGCGUCAGAGCGAGGAAGAUGCAGUCAAGAAGGCAUUUGAAGAUGCCAAACAGGCGGGUACGGCAAUCCUGGAGAAAGCAAUGAAUGACCCGGAGUUCAGAUCCAAGCACCCGAAGCCAUUGCGUGUCCAGAUGAUGAGACAGGCCGCGUUCAAGAUCAAGGCGAUGCAAGACACUCUGACCGAAGUAAAGAGACGGAGUCAUCUCAUCUCGGGAUUUGUGCAAGGAGUUUCAGAUCACCGGGCCACUACUAAGGACUUGACGAUCCAGAAGAUUCGACUUCAAUGGGCAAAGGAGCAGAUCUCUCUGAUUGAAGCCGAAGCAAGAGAUGCAGGGCUAGUCGCGAACGGCUUGCAUUCAAGAGGGAGGACGAAGCGAAGAUCAGAAGGUGAUCAAGAUGAUAAUACGACAGACCGAAGACGCAAGAGAAGGAAGCAAAGCCACCCAACUCACUCAUCCCCAGACAUUCUCGGCCCUUACACACACGCAAAGGCGUCCGAGCACGGUGGACUUGCUAUACCAGGGGAUGGGGAGCCGCACAAGGAGUUCAGAGGCGACAGACAAGCGUCUACAAAACGUACCAAAGUCCAGAAACAACCAGAAGCCACAACCACCACCUCAACUUCAACCUCAAGGGCAUCAAACCACCCUGCGACAGUAGCAUACCCAGGAAACCACUCUAGAAAGACUCGUCUCCCGAGCACAAGGCAAGCACCAUCACCAUCACGCUCAACCCUAAUUGGACCAGCUUUGAAGGCCAAAGCGAGCCGUGAUCCGCCCCGUGCCGCCGACCAUCCAACUCCUGCCAUAAGAAAACCACGACGACCCAUCAACGAGACACCAGCCGUGAAUCAGCCACCCUUACGGCAGUUACGACCCCGUCAAGAGAGGAAAGCGACCCGUAAUCCCAUAGACCUAGGCUCUGAACAAGGACGGAAAAGUCGGAAGAAGCAAGGACAACGUCACUGCGUGGGUCAUCCCGAGCACGGCCGGCCACUGAGAAGGAGUGCGCGCAUAGCAGCUCUGCAGACGUAA